AUGUAUAUUUUGUAUAGUUUGCCUUACAGUUACGGAUAAACCACAGAAGCGCAUGGCAUUAUUGGCAGUAAUAAUAUCCAACGCAUUGUUUAUUACAAAUGCUACAACGUUAAUUCAGGUUAUUGCUUCGGAAAAAGGAUGGAGGCUAAAUCCAAAAAAAUCUAUUCUCCUAAAGAUGGAAAGAAGUUUCCACAGAAAGGCAAAGAUUCCAUGGGGACCAAACUUGGUGGCAAGCCAGGUGGUAAGAAGCCCUUUAAACCUUUUAACAACACAGAGAGAAAGGGCAGACCAAAGGGCGGAGAUGGCGGCAAUAGAGAACACAAAUUCUCCAAAGCUGACGGAGGGCCGCAGAAGAGAAAAAUGCCAUUUAAAGCCAAAAAUAAAGAAGGUGAAGGUCCAGUGUUCAAGAAGAUGAAGAAAGGUGAGCUUGAUCCAAAGAAGGAGAUGACCGAGGAGGAACUUAAGAAGAACAGGUUGCAGAUUAAGAGGGAUCUGAAGAAUACCAGACAGGAGGCAGAGAAGAAGGACAUGUUCCAGAUCGUCCGUCAGUGCAAACAAGUGUGGGGGGACCUCAGAAGGAAGAAGUGCGACAACGACUUGAAGAAGAAACUGAUGACGGAGCUUCAUGAGCUAGUUCGCGGGAAGAUCAAACAAAUGGCGUAUGCUCAUGACUCUGUGCGAGUGCUGCAGUGUUUCAUCCAAUUUGGCAGCCACGAGCAGAGACAGGAGGUGUUCGAGGAGGUCAAAGAGGAUGUCAUCAACUUGUGUAAGUCAAAGUACGGCAAACACGUGGUGAAAAAGCUGCUGACGUACGGGAACAAGGAGCUGGUCGGGGUUGUGAUGCUAACAUUCAAAGGUCACGUGCGUCAGAUGCUUCGCCACGCCAUGGCCUCGUCCAUCAUCGAGUACGCCUACAACGACAAAGCCGUGCUGGCACAGAGACUCAUGCUCACCGAGGGGCUGUACGGGAACACCUUCACCAUCUGCAAGUCAACUAUAUGCAACACCAUCGAGAAAGUCGCAGAGGCGAAUCCGGACAAGCUGAAAAACAUCAUCGACGACAUGAAGGGAAUUCUCACGCCCAUGGCGCAGAAAGAACAAGUGAUCAAACACUCUCUGGUCCACAAAGUCUUCCUGGACUUCUUCCUGUUUGCACCUGACAAACCGAGAGCGGAAAUGAUUGAGUCCAUCCGAGAGGCCGUUGUCUACAUGGCUCACACACACGAUGGAGCACGAGUGGCAAUGCACUGUUUCUGGCACGGGACAGCUAAGGACAGAAAAGUCAUCAUCAAAACUAUGAAGACCUACAUGAUGAAAUUUGCCACGGGAGAGUUCGGUCACCUGGUUCUUCUCGCCAUGUUCGACUGCGUGGACGACACCAAGCUUGUCAAGCAGGCCGUGCUCUCAGAGAUCCUGGCGUCUCUGGAUGAGGUAAUCAGUAAUAAAUAUGGCAAGAAGGUUUUGCUGUACUUGCUGAGUCCCAGAGACCCCGCCCAUCUGCUGCCGGAGAUCAUCAAGGUGCUGCAGAAAGGAGACGGAAAUGCCCACAGUAAAAAAGACAUGGCAGUUCGGAGGAAGGAGCUGCUGGAAGUCGUCUCCCCCCCGCUGCUGGAGCACCUCCGUGACAAUGCUGCGACCAUGGUGACGGACAAGGCCUCCAGCGUCACCAUUAGUGACAUCCUGGCGUCCGCCUGCGGCGACCUGCGGCCCGCCAUGACGGCCGUGGCUCAGCUGACCAAACACGAGUUGGUACCAGGAGGGGUUGACGGACAGCUUCACAUGGCGGAGCAUCCGGCUGGACACUUGGUGCUGAAAUGGCUCAUAGAGCAGGACAUGACACUGGCUGAGGCCGGCAAGGAAGAGCGGUUCGGCAGGAUAUUGUUGGACACUGUGGGAACAGACACACUGAAGACCUGGGUCAAAGUCAACAGAGGAGCCAUGGUGCUGUGUAGCCUGCUGAACAGCUACGACAAGUCUGUGGCUGCAGAAGUGAAGGCGGCGCUGGUGUCCAUCAAAUCGGAGCUCAGCAGCAUCAGCAACAACAAAGGAGCUGAAAUCCUGCUGGAGAAUCUGAACAAGUAGACUUUUUGAUUGCCAAACGGCGCCAUUUCCUGUGCAGCAGUGGUCUUUCCCUCCAGAAGUUGGAGAAAUGGACAGGAAUUUUGAGUAAAAAAUGACAUAUUGGUGUUUCUGGACGAGGUGAUGCAUCGAGAGAACAGGCUCAGAUGACAGCAACAAUGCCCACUGUCAAGCCUCAUAUAAUGAAACGGAAUAGUUUCUUACAAUAACAGCUUUAACAAAUAAAAACAUUGCUAUGACUAAAUACAACCUUAAAUUUUCCCUGUGAGUGAUCGGUUAUUUUAAUAUCGAACAUUUUGUACCCUGUGUAAUUGUAUAAAGUUUGUUGAAUUACAUUUUGACUGAAACUUUCAUUUAACUUGUACAAACUGGACUUAAAAAUUAGUCUUUAUUAGGGCCGGGACUUUAGCGCGUUAAUUAAGAUUAAUUAAUUACACAAAAAAUAACACAUUAAACAUUUUUUACGCAUUUUUACACCUAUUUUUUGCACCGUGGAACGUUUCUCACUAGAUGAGUUUCGGAGGACCGAUUAUACUGGAGCACCAACUAGCGUUCAUGACUUCAGACAACAACAAACCACAGUGAACAUGAACGAAGAAGCUGACGAGACCGUGUC